AUGCUCAUUCAUUCUUUCUUCACUCUAGAAUUGGAUACUACGGAAAUCAUUAUGAACAACGAAGUCAAACCACCAGAAGAAUCAGAUUUUCCUCGAAUGCACUUGGCAGUACAAGUAGGCGAUAAUCACAUUGAAUCUCCCUUUCAUUAUUCCAGCAACGAAUUGACAAUUGCCUUUGUCAACCCAUACACCAAGGAUGAAUUUCAUGAUGAUUUACAGUUUGUCAUGGAAGUGGAGGGGCCAGCAGAGUUUGUCGAUGGUGGAGCGAUUGGAUGCGAUGGAAACAAACGGCUAUCUGCCCGCAUGCAGGAUGCCAGCCAUGGGGUGCAAUUGAAGGUCAACGACAUGACUUCCACCUUGCGAUUAUGGGCUGGAUGGGCAACCGGGCAGGAAUCAGUGCGACUGACGGAGAAUUUAAUGUUGGAGCCGCAUCACACGCCAACUGGAGGAUCAGCCGAACAACAACAACAACAACAACAACGAGACUUGAAGGACGAAGUAGUAGCAGAAGAGGGGAAUUCAGAACCCGGCAAUCAUCUACCAAACGGUGAAGCACCAGAUGAUCUAGCUGCUGGGAAUGGAUUGGAAAACUCCGAGCCUGAAAACCCAGUAUUCAAUGAGGAGGAAGCAGCCAAUGAGGAAGAAACAAAUCGCGAAAUCCCAAAUAAGGAUCCAUCUGGUAAACUGGACAAAAUUCAACAAAUAAAGGAACAAAUAAAACGGUUCCAAGACAAUCCAGAGGACUCUUUACAAAAGGGGGAUGAAAGCUAUCGUGAAGAAGACAACGCAUCAGGUUCGGAGAAAAAGAAGGCCUUUCACUUGGAUGAGAUAAAGGAAAUCAUGAGAAAAACACACUCGCAUCCUGUUCAUCAUGCGAUGCAUCUUCAUAAGAAAGUGAGUGACAUUGGGAAGAAAAUCCAUGACAAAUAUCUGUACGAUGAAGAAAAACAACAAUCCUUCCGUCAACAAUACGAAUCUGAUGAAUUUGCUGGUCGAUUAGAUACCCAGCGCCACAUCUUUGGAUCCAUUUUCUUCCUGGCUACCAUGGGAUAUAUCCUUGUCACGUACACACGAAGACGAGGGACGAAGGGAAGACGCGAUCUGUAG